AUGGGUGUGUGUUUGCUGGAUUUCCUGGAGUUUGGUGUUCAUCUGCUCUCCUGGAGUCUGCUGAUUGGACUGGCGGUGUUCAUCUGGCAGUACAAUCGCACAAAGAUUCAUGAUGGCAGUGCAGUAAAUGAUCCAGGACGGUUCUCCACAAUGCAGUCGGCACACGUAGACCCCAGCAAGACGGGUGUGGGGAAGGCCAUCGCUGUACUCACCUCCGGAGGAGACGCUCAGGGUAUGAAUGCUGCCGUUAGAGCUGUGGUGAGAGUUGGCAUCUAUACCGGGGCUAAAGUCUACUUCGUACACGAGGGUUAUCAGGGUUUAGUGGAUGGAGGAGACCACAUCUGUCCAGCCACGUGGGAGAGUGUAUCCAUGAUGCUGCAGCUGGGCGGCACGGUGAUCGGAAGUGCCCGCUGUCAGGAUUUCCGUACUAAGGAGGGCCGUACCAGGGCAGCAUGUAACCUGGUGAAACUGGGCAUCACUAACCUGUGUGUGAUUGGAGGAGACGGCAGUCUGACAGGAGCGAAUCAGUUCCGCUCAGAAUGGAGCGAGCUGCUGCAGAUCCUGCUCAAAGCAGGUAAGAUCACAGGUGAGGAGGCCAAGCGAUCCUCUCACCUGAACAUUGUGGGGAUGGUGGGCUCCAUCGACAACGACUUCUGCGGCACAGACAUGACCAUCGGAACAGAUUCGGCUUUACACAGGAUCAUGGAAGUGGUGGAUGCAAUUACUACCACAGCACAGAGUCAUCAGAGAGCCUUCAUUCUGGAGGUGAUGGGCCGACACUGUGGGUAUUUGGCCUUGGUAACUGCUCUGGCGAGUGGUGCUGACUGGGUUUUUAUUCCAGAGAUGCCUCCAGAGGAAGGCUGGGAGGACCACCUGUGCCGAAGAUUAGCUAAUCAAAGAAGUCUGGGUUAUCGUCUUAAUGUCAUCAUCAUGGCCGAGGGAGCCAUCGAUCGCUUUGGGAAACCCAUCACUUGUGACAUGGUGAAGAAUCUGAUCACUCAGAAGCUGGGCUUUGACACUCGAGCUACGAUCCUGGGUCACGUGCAGAGAGGAGGAACUCCGUCAGCCUUCGACAGAGUCCUGGGCAGCAGGAUGGGCAUGGAGGCAGUGAUGGCGCUCCUGGAGGCCACCCCGAACACCCCGGCGUGUGUGGUCAGCCUGUCAGGGAACCAGGCCAUCAGACUGCCCCUCAUGGAGUGUGUGCAAGUGACUAAAGACGUGACCAGAGCCAUGGCUGAGGGCAGGUUUGAGGAUUCCAUAAAGCUUCGUGGAACGAGUUUUCAGAACAACUGGGACACGUAUAAGUUGCUUGCUCAUGUGAACCCUGCUGAGGUGAAGAGUAACAUAAACGUCGGUCUGAUGAACGUUGGAGCUCCGUGUGCAGGUAUGAAUGCAGCCGUGCGCUCUGCAGUCAGGACCGGGGUCCUACAGGGACAUCAGAUGCUGGCUAUACAUGACGGCUUCGAGGGACUGGCUGAUGGAAAUAUUGAGCCAAUCACCUGGUCCACUGUUGGGGACUGGACUGGUCAUGGUGGUUCUAAUUUGGGAACUAAGAGAACAUUGCCAGCCAGUCUUUUGGAGGAAAUCAGUCUGAAUAUCUCUAAGUUUAAUAUCCACGCUCUGAUUAUUAUUGGGGGAUUUGAGGCAUUUGAAGGAGGAUUAGAGCUUGUGAGUGGAAGAGAUAAAUAUGAGGAGUUGUGCAUCCCACUCAUCAUUAUUCCUGCCACUGUGUCCAAUAACGUUCCGGGAUCAGACUUCAGCAUCGGAGCUGAUACAGCUCUCAAUACUGUCACAACUACCUGUGACAGGAUAAAGCAGUCAGCAGCUGGGACGAAGCGCAGAGUGUUCAUCAUUGAGACGAUGGGAGGGCAUUGUGGAUAUCUGGCAACCAUGGCGGGCCUCGCUGCUGGAGCUGAUGCUGCUUACAUCUAUGAAGAACCAUUCCAUAUCCAGGACCUGCAGAUGAAUGUUGAGCAUUUAUUAGAGAAGAUGAAGACCACAGUGCAAAGAGGCCUCAUCCUCAGGAAUGAGAAGUGUAACCCCAACUACACAACAGACUUCAUCUUUAACCUGUACUCCCAGGAGGGUAAAGGAGUGUUCGACUGCCGCAAGAAUGUCCUGGGACACAUGCAGCAGGGUGGAACUCCGUCCCCAUUCGACAGGAACUUUGGCACUAAGAUGGGGGCGAAAGCGGUGCUGUGGGUGACACAGAAACUCAAGGAGUAUUACAGACACGGUCGAAUCUUUGCCAACACACCGGACUCGGCCUGUGUCCUGGGCCUGAAGAAGAGAUCUGUGGUGUUCCAGCCUCUGACAGAGCUCAAGGAGAACACUGACUUUGAGUAUCGUAUCCCCAAGACUCAGUGGUGGUUAAGUCUGAGGCCCCUCCUGAAGAUUUUGGCCAAGUACAAGAUCAGCUUGGACUUGUCUGAGAAGACCAGCAUGGAGAGCGUGAUCAAGAAGAGAGGAGUGGUGUAGAUAUACACAUACAUGCACGUGAUGCACAGUUUCCAUCUGAAAACCACAGUUAUUGUGCAUCUGUGUCUGUGUGUGUCUGUGUGUGUCUGUGUGUGUGCACUACAG